ACAUUUGAGGCGCUCGAGGGAUUUACCGAGCAUGCCCAGUGGCCGAAGCCUACAUAGAGGAAACGGGUGCACAUACGAGUCAUACCAAGCAUAGCCUGCGUGUCAGUGCAGUCUACUUACAGCGGGCUGUGAGGAGAACUGGCGCGACCCUUUUGUCCCAAAAUACGUACUUUCGAAACCCUUAAAGUUGUUGAAGCGUUUUAAACUUUUACGGGGAACUUUUUAGAUCCAUACUUUACUAUAAAGGUUCAACCCUUGAGGGGUUGCAGUUUUGUUUUGCUCUGAGAAAAGUUAAAGGCUGGGCCUUUAGCUGUCUGAGUUGAAUUCUCGAAAAGCUGACCGGUCGCACCAUUUCUCACUCUGCCUUGGUUGGAAGCAAACAAGCGGGUCUUUUUUGCUAAACCAAUAAAUGCUUCUUACGAAAAUGGACCUGUUGAACUACCAGUACCUGGACAAAAUGAACAACAACAUUGGCAUACUUUGCUACGAAGGUGAAGCUGCCCUCAGGGGCGAGCCCAGGAUGCAGUCCAUGUCGUCCGCGGUGACCAACCACCGGACCGGCCCCCCGCCCAUCAGCCCCAGCAAGAGGAAGCACAGCGGCGACCAGCCGGACGAAGAUAUCGACUGCGACAACGAGCACGUGGCCAAAAUGAGCCGAUUGUUCGCGGCGCAGCUAGAGCUUGCCAAGAUGCAGAGGCCCCCGGCUUUCUUGUGGGAGGAUGCUGGGUUGUCUUCAUGCGAUUUGGCUAUGAUUAAAGUUAGCGGCAAGCCUGCCAACGGGGACUACCGCAAAGACCCCCGGGAUCGCAGCCGCAGCCCCAUCGAGCGCGCCGCCGCCCCCGCCAUCGGUAUCCACGGUAACCACCUCUACACCCACGUGCCCAGCCUGGCCAUGGACCAGCCCCUCGCUCUGACCAAAAACAGCAUGGACGCCGCCCGCACCGCCUCCAUCUCCCCGGCCCUCGGCCCCAUGGAGCGGCAGCAGAAUCGUCCCUCUGUGAUCACCUGUGCCUCUGCCAACAACCGCAACUGUAACCUGUCUCACUGCCCUGUGUCCCACAACGGCUGUACCUCCAGCCUGCCUGCCAACUACAGGAGACCCUCCAACACCAACACGGCGUGCGACCCCGUGAUCGAGGAGCACUUCCGCCGGAGCCUGGGCAAGAACUACAAGGAGCCGGAGCCGGUGACAAACUCGGUGUCCAUCACGGGCUCCGUGGACGACCACUUCGCCAAGGCGCUGGGCGAGACCUGGCUGCAGAUCAAGGCCAAGGGCAGCGGCUCGGCCAGCCCCGAGCAGUCCCCCACCAGCCACAUGGUCAAUCACAAUCACUCCCCCUCCCUGGUCUCCUGAAGAGGCCCCUCCACAGCCGCCCUGCAUGAUUCAGCUCCGCUCGGAACAGUGCUAGCAGUUAGCUGUGUACAUAAAGAUAGCGGGAGGGAGUGAGCGUUUUGUUUUUCCUUUUUUGUUUUUUCCUUUUCUUAUUUUUAUUUUCUUGUUUUUUUAAAAAAAAGUAUCUUUGCGUACUUGCUUGGCAUUUGCGUUAUCAGAUGCCCAAAAUGAAAAAAAAAAACUAGCAGGAACUAUUUUAUUAGGAUUUGUAUCACAUAGCAUCCUAACCACCUGCCUCAAUUACCAAAGAAACCUCUGAUGCAAAUGUGUUGCCCCCUUAUAAAAGAAUAAGCCAUUCUUUCAGCUUUCCCCCAGCCAUAUUCUCUCUGCUGUUCUUGCCUGUAGACUGUGCUUCACUUUCUCCCCCCAUUUCUCCUGUUUUGUAUGCUUUUACUUGAAAAGGAAGGCCUGGUCUGAAUUGCACUACUCGAUGAUGGGUUGAGGUUGCUUGUCAGCUUCACGUUGGACGUACUACGCUUUUUGGUUUGAUUUUUGUUUUUCUUUCUCGUAUUUUGACGGCAAAACUGCUGACGACAAUGGUUAGGUGAUGUUUAUCUCGAUCCAAGAAGGCAAAGAAUGAUUUGGGGCAAGGGAAAGUGUUUCUUACUGGUUCAAGGUCUCUGACUGUCAUUCAGGCAGUCGGUUCUUUUCAAUGGUAGGUGCUCACAACUGGACUGUCAUUUUUCACGGGCAUUUAAUUGUUUUGUAGUUUCCCAAGCACUGUGGUUUGCUAGAGUAGAAAAGGUUUGAAGGGUAAAAAUAGUGCUUACAGAUGCAUGUUUUAAAUAGCUGGUAUCUAUUAAUGUGUAGACAUUUCAAUCUUAAUACUAUUAGCCUUUCUUCAAGAUUUAGUUUAUUUUUGUCAGUAACAGUCCUAGAUAUACUUACUGCUGGUACAGUUGUACUCAUUAUUUUUUUUUAUUCGAUAUUCAUUAUGGUAGCAGCCAGCAACAGAGGACAGCCUCCGGACAGGCCUUCUAUAUAUAAACAGUUUGAUUUAUAUGAUGUUAAUCCGUGGUACAGGAUGCUAUAGCUUCUUUUUUUUGCAUGACUGAAUAAGGUAACCAUUUGCAGCUGUAGACUGGUCGACUAUCUCCCUAAUGUCAAGACUUAUUUUUUAUUUUGAUAUAUUUUCAUCUACUACUUCUAACAACUUUGCAUUGUAGCAGAUGGCUGCAGCUUGUGAACCUGACUAUUGUUUUGUUUUGUUUUUUAAACUCAUGAACCUGUACCAAGGAAACAAACAUUCCUCCUAUAGGGAACUUUGUACAGGUAUUGCAUUUUUUUUCUUCAAUAUCAGUAGCUACUAACAAGUAAGAUUUAAGCGGCGGGAAAAGUGGGAGGGGCCUGAAGGAGGCGCCGCUCAUCUUAAGCUCGUCUUUAUUAGAGCUCAUACGCCCAUACAUUCCAUCAUCCCUGAUCAAUUGUUGGACUCAUUAGAACCCAGUACCGUGACAUAGAUUCUCAAAAGCAGAAGCUAGCUGCCAGACAGCUGCCAUUUGAAAUGAGUAUCCGAAUGAGAGAUUUCAAAACAAUGAGUCUUUAAAAAAAAAAAAAACAAGAAUACAAUGCAGAUAUGUUUUCACUUAUCUGUAAGCACAAUUGACCACAUGAAAAGAAGUAGUUGUUGUAACAGGCCAUUGUAAUUUCCUCCACCGAUUCACAUGAACGCAGAGGGGAAAGGGCGUAAUGUCCCGAGGUCAUUAUACACACAUUUCACUACCAAUUUACUCGGUAGGAAACACACUUUCUGCUUCGGCAUACAAUACCCUACACACUGUAGGAAAAUCACUUAAUAAAAAUACUUUUUUAUAUAGGUAACUAUAAGACCAUCAUUACGCUGUGCGUAACGAAUGUACAGAGAAAAAAAAUCGUAGGUAUUUUUUGAGGAACAAUUAAUUUGUUAAUGAUAUGUAGCUAUUUAAUUUUCCCUGUCCUUUAUUGUAAUCAUGCAUUUUUUUUUUUGAGAAAAAGUUGAUCUUUUUUGUUUGUUGUAGAUUUGUCUGUUUUAAGGUUUAAAAAAAGUGCAGGAACACAGUUAUUCUAUGAAAACACUACGUUAGCAUAAUAGCCACUUGUUUAUUAUUGCUGAAGGCUACUGAGCAGGUACAGUGCAGCAUUGAACACUGAGCGUGCUGUUCUGUUGAGUUUGCCUCUUGUGAGACAAUUGAACAAAGGUGCUCAUCUUUGAGCAUUACUCGUCUGAGAUGGGUAACUCCACACUGAUUUGGCUUAUUUGAGAUUUAAAUGCUAAAAUGUUGUUUAAACAGUAGAUCUGAGAAAGAAGGGCUGUGUAUCCAGGGAUGAAAAAACAAACUGAUAUUGAGAGACAAACUGUUUAGAUUGUUCCUUCACGUUGGAAGCUGCAUUGACAGUGUACUUCUGAAUACCCUAAACCGUUUGUAAAUCUGUAUUAUACCCUCCUUUGUGGCCUUGUUUCUCCUGAAAAUAAAAAGGUUUUGGCAGGCCACCUUUUUUGUACUUAAAAGUAGCCUCAAUGAACAAUAAAGUGCUCUUAAACCACA